GGUUGUUGCGUACAAUAGGCGAGCCCUGUUUACGCAUCCGCGACGGACGCGUUCGAUUCUGCCAAGAGGGCAUCAAUUAUUUAUCCAUUUGCCGAGCGCAGUGUGGAUGUGACUCCUAGGCUUCCGUGACAAUGAUCGUGCACGAGUUAAUGUGAAUUUGUGCGACCAUUAGCAUGUGAGACGUGAUUUCGCGGCAUCGCACGAGGACUCGAGAGAGUGUUUCAGUGGUCCAAGAAACUCUUGAAUUGCUGGAGGAGGGCCGCAGUUGAAUAGGAAAUAGGAAAGUGGAGAGAGAGUGCAAGAACUCGAGAAUAUUUUGAGAAUAUAAUUAUCCCUGGGUGUCCGUGUGUGCGUGGCCAGUGAGAGAAAUGAUUUAUGUUGAAAAGUUGGUGGUACAUGUUCAUUGUCUAAGUGCUUGAGGACUGAGUUUAUCAUCAAAGUGUAAUGCCGAGCACGGGCAAUUGUCUCUGCUGUCAGUGAAUCCAUCGCGGGAGAGAAAUAUUUGAUACUUUUUCUGCACCGCCGCCGCCGCCGCCGCCGCCGCCAAGGGGGAGGCGCGCCCCAGCCGGCCGAAACAUGACGAUGAAAUCUAUGAAGUACUCCGAUUGUGACACCAUAAUGGAUGGAUACAAUCCAGUUCCGCCACCAUUGCCGCGGCGAGUGCCGCCAGUUAGGAAUAUUUAUGCCGAACCAUUCACAUCUGAAACCAGUACCAACAGGCUCGCUGCUCCACUGCAGUCGGGACAGCAGCAGAUGUCACAGGGUAUGACGAACGCCAACAAUGCACAGGGAUCCCAUUGUCAAUUGGGCGGAACGUCGCCCCUCGUGAUGCCAGUCUUUCCCCUGCGAACAUCCCAUUCAGGACAUGCGCCGCACUACUCACCCUACUCGCCCUCAAGGUUUCACAUAGACAAACGAUGUCAACAUAGGUGCUCAUGGAAAUGUUUCAGCAUUGCCUUAAUACUCCUGUCGGUGGCACUUAUAGCUAUGUUGGCCUAUUUUGCAGCGGUCAAUUCGAUGAAGCCCACGAUGGAUCCCAACAACUGCAUCGUGGUGCAGGACGUGAAACAGGUGACACACGAUCAAAUGACCCAGAAUGCCGACGGAUCCACCCAAUUGCCCACGGAAGAGUCUCUGCUCACGAGCACAGCAGACCACAGCACAUUCACCACGGCGCAUCACUAUCUGAACAGUGGCUUCUCGCAGCAGCAAAUCCUGCAGCAGCAACUCCAGCAGCAGCACUACCAGGAUCAGCAGUUCUCGGCGCAGCAGCAGCAGCAGCACCAGAAGUGGCCGCAGGUCCUGGAGCUGCGCGAGUUCAAUGAGCUUCACCACGCCACGAUUCAGCCGUACCAAUUCUGGAAUUCGGAGUUCCGCAACAAGCAUCCCGCCUUCAUCCGGUUCAACUUCACGCUGCCCUGGGGCGCGAACUUCGCGGUGUACGGGCGUCGCAACGUGGCGCCCAGCGUCACGCAGUACGACUUCGUGGAGUUCAUCCGCGGCGGCCGCGUGGAUAAUCGCCUGCGGCGCCGGCGUCGCAGGAAACGCAGCAUGGCCGGCGAGGACGAGGAGGACAUCCUGGCGAAUGGCGUGGACGAGGAGUAUGACUUUGACAUCUUCGAGAAUCCCCCCGUGGACGGCGAUGAGUAUCACGACAGAUCCAGCGCCGCCGAGGCCGCCUCGUCCUCCUUCAUCGACGAACACCUGCGCCUGUCGCCGGCGGAGCGCCACAUCAUCUCGAAGCGCUCCGCGGACAUGGAUCCCAUGAUGGUGAACGUGAGUCUGCUGCAGUAUCUGGACACCGGACGCUGGUUCCUCUCCGUCUACAACGACGAAUUGCUGGCGCACAGCGUCACGCUGACCGUCGCCGAGGCGGAAGGCGUGAGCACGACGUGUCCGAACGACUGUUCCGGCAGAGGAUCCUGCUAUCUGGGCAAGUGCGACUGCAUCGACGGCUACCAAGGCGCAGACUGCUCCAAAAGUGUCUGUCCGGUGCUGUGCUCGGCUCACGGCCACUAUGGCGGCGGGGUGUGCCACUGCGAGGAGGGCUGGAAGGGCCCGGAAUGCGAUGUGCCAGCGGGUGAGUGUCAAGUGCCCGGAUGCUCCGGCCAUGGACGCUGCAUCGAGGGCGAUUGUCACUGCGAACGUGGCUGGAGAGGACAAUUCUGCGAGCAACCUGACUGCCUUGAUCCCUCGUGCUCUGGCCACGGAACGUGCGUGAGCGGCCAGUGCUACUGCAAGGCCGGCUGGCAGGGCGACGACUGCGGCAUGGUGGACCAGCAGGUCUAUCAGUGCCUGCCCGGCUGCUCCGAGCACGGCACGUAUGACCUGGAGACGGGCACGUGUGUCUGCGACAGACACUGGACCGGACCCGACUGCUCCCAAGCCGUUUGCAGCUUGGACUGCGGCCCGAAUGGUGUGUGUGAGUCUGGAAAGUGUCGCUGCAACUCUGGCUGGACGGGAAAUCUGUGCGAUCAAUUGCCAUGCGAUUCACGAUGUGCUGAGCACGGCCAGUGCAAGAAUGGCACUUGUGUCUGCUCACAAGGAUGGAACGGUCGCCACUGCACCUUGCCUGGAUGCGAGAAUGGAUGCUCCAGACAUGGACAGUGCACACUCGAGGACGGUGAAUACCGGUGUGUCUGCAUAGAAGGAUGGGCCGGCACAGAUUGCUCAAUCCCCCUGGAAAUGAAUUGCAAGGAUAACAUCGAUAAUGAUCACGACGGCAUGACAGAUUGUUCGGAUAGUGAAUGCUGUUCACAUCCAAUUUGUGCUGAGCACAUUAUGUGUUUGGCAUCCAAUGAUCCUGUGGAAGUUCUGCUACGGAAACAGCCACCAUCUGUUACCGCAUCCUUCUACCAGCGAGUCAAGUUCCUCAUUGAGGAGAACUCCGUGCAAUCGUACGCCCAUAUGGACGAGUACAGCGAGAGCGAGUUCUGGAACUCCUUUACACCGUGUCGAGUGUCUGUGAUGCGAGGACAAGUUGUCACACCCCAGGGACUCGGAAUUGUGGGGAUUCGUGUCUCUGUGGACAGAGACUCGAGAUUCGGAUUCACACUCACGCGACAAGGAGGAUGGUUUGAUGUUCUGGUAAAUGGCGGCGGAGCUGUUACCUUGCAAUUCCAGCGAUCACCCUUCCGUCCGCUGACGCGCACGGUCUUCGUGCCCUGGAAUCAGAUUGUUGUUUUGCCACCUGUUCAGAUGCAACUCAGCGAAGAUGAGGAACACUUGCGUCCACUCAUAAAGAUCACACCACCGAAUCCGGCGUUCAGCUUCCUCAACACCAUCCUGUACCACUUCACGGACGAAAGUGUCCCGCCGGGAGUUGUCUGUCUCGAGCACGACCAUGAGCUGCUGAAACCACAAUUGUUCGGGACAUGGAUGCCAAAUGGUGUGGGCGCCAUGGCUGGUCAUCGCAACAUUUUCGCAGAGACUCAGAUUGUUCAGGAAUCUGUGCAAAUCCCCGGCUCAGGCCUACACUUGACGUACCAAUCAUCUCAAGCGCCCGGCUACCUGAGCAUCGUGCGGAUGCGAUUAACGAAGGCCACAAUCCCACCGACGUUAACACAUGUGCACGUGGGGGUGGAGAUUGAGGGCUCUCUGCACGUGAAGACGUACGAGGCCGACCCCAAUUUGACGCACACCUUCGCGUGGAACAAGCGCAACGUGUACAAGCAGAAGGUGUACGGCGUGUCACUGGCCCGCAUCAGCGUCGGCUAUCAGCACUCCACGUGCAAGGAGCCCGUAUGGGAGACGCAGACCGCCAAGCUGCAGGGCUUCGACGUGGACAUCUCGGACAUCGGCGGCUGGGGCCUGGACAUCCACCACCACUACAACUUCCACGAGGGCAUCCUGCAGAAGGGCGACGGCUCCACGCUGCACAUGAAGGAGUAUCCGCGCACCGUGAAGGUCGUGAUGGGCACGGGUCUGCAGCGGCCGCUCAACUGCGGCAAGGACUUCUGCAAUGGCAUCGCCAAGGACGCCAAGCUGCUCACGCCCGUGGCGCUGACGUCGGGUCCUGACGGAAGUCUCUUCGUCGGGGACUUCAAUCUCGUCCGCAGAAUCACGCCCGAAGGGAAGGUUUUCACGGUGCUGCAGCUGAGCGCCACGCAAGUCUCCUACCAGUACUACUUGACCGUCUCGCCGGCCGAUGGACAUCUGUACAUCUCCGAUCCCGAGCGCCAUCAGAUCCUCAAGGUCCUGUCCGUGGACGACGUCAGCAAUCCGAUCAGCAACAGCGACAUUGUCGUCGGCAGUGGACAACGAUGCAUUCCAGGUGACGAAGGUAAUUGCGGCGACGGGGGUCCGGCCAAGCUGGCUCGCCUCUCCCACCCGAAAGGCAUUGCCAUAGCAGCCGACAGGACCAUGUACAUCGCCGACGGGACGAACAUCCGCGCCGUGGACCCGAAGGGCGUCAUCCACACGCUCAUCGGCCACCACGGCCACCACAACCACUGGAGCCCGGCGCCGUGCGAGGGCGCGCUCCUGGCCAGCCAGACGCAGCUCCAGUGGCCCACCGGGCUGGCGCUCAGCCCCCUGGACGGCUCGCUGCACUUCAUCGACGAUCGCCUGGUGCUGAAACUCACCGCCGACAUGAAGAUCAAAGUCGUGGCGGGGACGCCGCUGCACUGCAACGCCAACGCCGACAAGAACAAGACCACCACGGAUGACGUGCUGGGCACCGUGCUGGCCAUCGCCUUCUCCCCGGCCGGCGACCUCUAUGUGGCGGACUCUGACUCCCGGCGGGUCAACUCCAUUCGCACCGUCGACACUUCCGGCAAAAUGAGGUCGUUUGCCGGCAAAGUGGACAGCACAACUCUCCCGAGUUGCGAUUGUGGCAACGCCACCACGGCAACGACAACGAUGAAUCCAGCCCGGAGCGGAAGCGCCGGAAAUCCCGGUGCACCUUCAGCCCCCGCGGCCACAGCCUGCUCCUGCCCACCCUUCAACGCCACCAGCGUCACCACGAGCGGCUACGGCGACGAGGCGCCGACGAGCAACGCGGAGACGCUGCUCUCAUCCAACGCGCGCUUCCAGGCCAUCUCCGCCAUUGCUGUGUCGCAGGACGGCGUAAUCAACGUUGCCGAUCAGGGAUCUCUGCACAUUUUGGCACUGCAGCAUUAUCUGCCGAGUCACGACAUCAACGGCGAGUUCCACAUUCCCUAUCCGCCCACGAGUGAGGUGUACGUGUUCAAUCGAUACGGACAGCAUGUGGCCACGAAGGAUCUGGCGUCGGCCAAGACGCGCUACUCCUUUCUCUACUCCAAGAACACCAGCUUCGGCAAGCUGUCCACGGUGACGGACAGCUCGGGCAACAAGAUCCAGUUCCUGCGCGACUACAGCAACCUCGUGAGCUCCAUCGAGAACACGCAGGACCACAAGUCCGAGCUGAAGAUCAACAACGUGGGUCUGCUGGCCAAGCUGACGGAGAAGGGCAAGUCCGAGAUCGAGCUGGACUACGACACGACGUCCGGGCUGCUGAACAGCCGCUCCGGCGGCGGCGAGACGUACAUCUACUCGUACGACGAGUUCGGGCGCGUGAUCGGCCUGAUCCUGCCCACGGGCGAGACCGUGUCCAUCGGCUCCAGCCUGGCGGCCGACGUGGGCCUGGCCGUGCAGGUGCGGGCGCCCGUGCAGAGCCUGUUCGCCGGGGACCAGCACGAGCGCAGCGAUAUGCUAAUUGUGGGUGGGAUUAAGUCACUGACAAUGAGCAAUGGGGUGGAAAAGACCGUCGCCCACAUCAACACAAACAACACCCUCUCCAUCGCCACGCCAAACAAUAUGGUGAUUGAGUCGGCAGCCGCAGCAAGACACCCCCUCCUGGAGGCCUCUCUGCCCGUGGAGGCGGAAAUGCUGCCGAUGUGGUCACAGCAGACGGUAACAAUGGGUGAUGAGCUAAUUAACACCAUGUAUUCAUCGUACAGCCUCGUUGGGGACGUUCGCAAUCCGCAGCAGACACUCAAUCACGAGCUCUUUGUCAACAAUUCCCGGGCGUUCGGGGUGGAGUUCGACCAGUUCACCAGCAGGGAGACAUUCUUCGACCGCGACCGACAGCCCAUCCUCACCAUCGCCUUCGAUCCCAGCGGCCAGCCGCAGUCCUACCACCCCGCCGCCGUCGGCCACCCGCUCAACAUCUCCUACGACCGCUUCAACCGCAUCGACGGCUGGACCUGGGGUCCGUCCGAGCUCAAGUACACGUACGAGCAGCACGGGCUACUGUCGGAGAUCACGAGCCAGCAGGACGGCACCGUGAGCUUCGUGUACAACGACCUCAACCUCGUGUCGGAGAUCGGCCUGGCCAGCCAGCGCAAGAUCCUCUUGGCGUACGACGAGGACGGUGGCCUGCGCCACGUCACGCUGCCCAGCGGCACGAAGCACUCCUUCAGCCUGCAGCCCUCCAUCGGCUUCAUCCGCUGCACCUACACUCCGCCCGGCAGCACCAAGCCCUACCUGCAGCACUACUCGCACAGCGGCGCGCUGCUGCAGACCGUCUUCCCAGGUGAUGGCGCACGCAUUGUCUAUCGCUACACGCCAACGGGUCAAUUGUCCGAGGUUGUGCACGGCGACGGCCGUAGUGAGUUCAUCUACAACGCCCUGACUGGGAUGCCGAGCACCGUGGGUCACGUGGAGCGUGAGCUGGAGUACAGAUGGGACUUUGAGUACACGGGAGUUCUGCUCACCGAGGAGCGCAUCGACUUUUCCGCCAAAACUGGACUCAGCAAUGCAAAGUUCUCCUACGAUUACGACUCCAACUUCCGCCUCACGUCCAUUCAGGGGCGCAUUGGCGGUCAGAAUCUGCCCGUGCAGACGUUCACGUACAGCAGCAAGACGGGAGCGCCUGAGGAGAUCGGGCAGUUCAAGGUGACGCAUCCCAGACCGAAUCAGACUUCCGUGUUUGACGGCACAGCCAUCUUCUCGCGCACCAUCAACGGCCAAUUCCUGGAGACACAGAUGUCCGUCACGAUCCACCGCAUGGAGGUGUUCCGCAUGGAGUUCGCGCACGACAUGCACGGCAGGAUCUCGCAGACGAAGACCUACACGAGGAAUGUGGGCGUCAACACGUACACCAACGUGAAGAACUUCACGUGGGACUGCGAUGGGCAGCUGAUUGGCGUGGAGGCGCAAGAGCCGUGGGGCUUCCGCUACGAUGACAAUGGGAACAUGCUCUCCCUGACCUACAGAGGCAACACCAUCCCGAUGGAGUACAGCGGCAUGGACAGGAUCAUGAAGUUCGGUGAGGGUCAGUACAAGUACGACAGUCGCGGUCUCGUGGCGCAGAAUGCGCGCGAGGAGAAGUUCCACUACAACACGCAGGGUUUGCUGGUCAGGGCGACCAAGCGGGGGCGCUUCGACGUGAAGUACUACUACGAUCACCACAAUAGACUGUCCACCAGGAAGGACAACUUCGGCAAUGUCACGCAGUUCUUCUAUAACAACCAAGAUCGCCCGGACGAAGUCAGCCAGAUCUAUUCGCCGCGCGACGGGAAGCUGAUGUCGCUCACGUACGACGAUCGCGGGCACUUGAUCUACGCUCAGGUGUACAGGCACAAGUACUACGUGGCGACGGAUCAGUGCGGAACGCCCGUGAUGAUCUUCAAUCAGUACGGAGAGGGAAUUCGCGAGAUCAUGCGAUCGCCAUACGGACACAUCGUUUACGACUCGAAUCCGUAUUUGUAUCUCCCGAUCGACUUCUGCGGUGGCAUUUUGGAUCAGGUCACUUCCUUGGUCCACAUGCCCAACGGGAAGGUGUAUGAUCCUCUAAUUGGGCAGUGGAUGACUCCUGAUUGGGAGAACGUGGCUGAGCGCGUCCCAACGCCCACGAAGCUCCAUCUCUAUCGCUUCAACGGCAACGAUCCCAUCAACAUUGGCCACGACAGGAAUUACCCGGUGGAUCACAGCGCCUGGCUGGACUUGAUGGGCUACAAGGUGAACAACAUGAUGCCGCAGCUCAACCAGAAGCUCUGGCGUCCGCCGAACGCCUGGGGCCGCGCCAGCGACUUCACGCCCAUUCCCGUGCCCAACAAGCUGGACUUCAGCGGAUCCCCGAGCGUUCAGGUGGAGAGUGGUUUCCUGGCUCAUCUGGCGCUCAGGCGCGCGUCCAGCGUGGAACAGUUGUCUGCGCCGCCCGGCUCGAAGCUGAAGCUGGACGUGAUGCAAGUGGCGCCGAGCAAGAUAGGCGCCGCCUCGGAUCCGCCCUUCGGCCGGGGCAUUGUCGUGUCGCGCUCAUCCCUCGGCCAGGCCAUCGUGUCGAGCGUUCCCGCGGCGAAUGCCAUCUACAGGGAUGUGUACACGUCCGUGUUCAAUCGCUCCCACUUGCUGCCGAUCACGUUUGUGGUGCACAACAGCCAGCAGGACUCGUUCUUCUUCGUGAAGGAGGACGCGUGGCGCGCCAGCGAGGACAGGCAGCAGCUGAAGCGCCUGCAGGGCCAGGUCAACACCACAUUCCACGAGAUCGCGCGGGAGAACGGCAGCGGCAACAACUACCUGGACGUGAAGAUCCACGGCGCGCACACGGUGAUCAAUCUGCGCUACGGCACGACGGUGGAGAAGGAGAGCCAGCGACUGAUGCACCACGCCAAGCUGACGGCGGUGCGCAAGGCGUGGCACAGGGAGAAGGAGGCGCUGCGCAACGGCAUCGCCACGGCCGUGGAGUGGAGCCAGGCGGAGAGUGAUGAGAUCCUGAAGCAGGGCUACGCCAAUCUCUACGAGGGCGAGUACAUCCACGAUGUGGGCAAGUAUCCGGAGUUGGCGGAGGAUCCGUACAAUGUGCGCUUCGUGAAGAAGAAAACCAACCAAAUACGACGGCGUCGACGAAGAGACAUUGACUGCAGUGGGCGGCAAUGUUAGCCUAAAACCACCCCCUCAUUUCGGCGGCACUACAGGAAGAUCCCAACUUUGGGAAUAGACACAAAUCUAGAGCCCAAGUAAGAGAUAUUAUAUUGUAUAAAGGAUAUUAACCCACAAUAUAUUGUAUUAGAUGGAAUGGUUAAAGAGUGAAGAGAGAAGAGUAGUUUGAUAAAAUGUGGACAUUGAAAUUUUAAACUAAAAGGAAGAAGAAAAAAAUGGUGAUUCGAGCUUUUGAGACUGGCGUCAUUUCAUCCAGAACCAAUUAAUUGUAAUUUAACGCAACAACAAGAGAAAUUAUACUUUAAACGUAUAGGUUUUAGGAUACACAUCUUAACAAUGAUACUAUAAUUGAUAUUUAUGAGAGAAUUUCGUCAACAUAUUCAAUGUAUAAAAGUAGAUUGAACCAGAUUGAUAUCAAUUGAGGUAAUGAGCCAAAAAAAACAUAAAUAAAUGUGUAAAUUUUGGUAUUACAUUGACUAAAAAGAAAAAAACAGAGAAGCACUUUUAGAGGCGUUCAUUUGCGGGGCAAGAAACCCGCUUCUCUCCAGCCAUUCUUUGACAAAACUGAGAGAACUUUUUAAGAGAGAUUUAGAAGAAAUCAACGUGAAGUUAUAGAGAAGAUGUUGCCAAAUACACCCACUAAAAGUAAACUUUAAAAACUUAUAUUGAAUAAAAAAAGAAAAAUGUUAGAAGAGAAAUUUUGCGAAUAUUGCUGAAAAUUGCGUCAAGUCUCUUGCAUGAUGUUGAUGAAGAGGGAUUUAAAUGUUUCAAUGAGAGAUUCACUAUGUAUAGGUUUAAUAUUUGUAAUAUAGAAAUUCACUGUAAAUAUUUAUUCUUCACACGAAUAAUCUUAGUGAGUAAAAGCGAGAGAGAAAGUCAACCCAGUGAAAUCCCAUGCAAAUGUGAAAAGAGGUGAAAAAUGUUGGGCAAAAAGUGUAUGUAAAAUGUAAAUGUUCUAUUGAUAAUGUUAGGAUUAUAGGACAUAGUUAUAAAUGAGGCUACAAGAUAUUCACUAUUGAUUAUUGAUUCAUUGUAUGACGAUUUCUUUGCCGCAUUUUCCUGUGUAAAUAUUACUUCAUCUUUUUUCACUCACUCGUGCAAAAUCAUUUCAAUUCUCCUUCACUUCUCAGCAUUUCAGAGCUUUCCAAAAAUCUUCCUAGACUUCCUAUAAUUUGCUUUAUGCCAUUCUGAAGUUGCUAUAAAUCUACACGCUCCCUCACAUUAAUAAGAAACACAAGGAAAUAUAAGAAUUUAACAAGAAUAGUAAAUUAAUGGUGCCAUUGAUGUGUUACAAUUUGAGUGAACAAGAUUCCGCCGCAUUUUAUAGGACACGAGAACUGAAGGGAUGAUGUAACUAUUCAGCGAAUUUUCCAAUUUCCGUUUUUUUUUUCUUUCUCUUAAGUGAAAGCAACUUUUCCUAAAAAAAUCCGCCUAAGGGCUCAACUCGUUGGCAUUUGCAAUGUACACUAAACUAGAGCUUCAAGUUCUUCAAUUUAUUUGCCAUAAAAUAUGGCUUCCGUAACGGAUUUCAGUUCACUUUCAUCACACAUACAGAAACACUCAGAAAAAUUGCUCUAAUUGCGCAAGUUGAUAAAAUUGUACGAAAGCUGAAGCGUUUAGAGUGGCAAAAAAAAAAACAUAGUUUAGAACAUAGACUUUAUGCAGUAAAUAUCAGACUUACAUAUUACAAUUAUAAGUGGAAGUAAAACAAGUUGAAAUGCUGUAACUUUUUUGUGUACAACAACGUUGAAAAAAAAAACAAGGCCCGGAUUUGGGGUGGAAAGCGUUGUACGUUUAUAGAGUCAGAGGGAGAAUAAAAAGGGAGACAAUUCCAUGUAAAAAAAAAAAAGGAAGAAGUCAGGCAGAAUGCGAAGAAUUUGCAAAGAAAAACUGCCAUUGACGCAAGGAAGAUAGAAAAAAAAACACGAUGACACGGUGAGAGGAUUACUGAUAGUAUUAAAAAAAAAUGGAUAUAAAAUAAUGAUUCAAUAACAUAUUGAAGGUAUUAAAGAAAAUCAAUAUAGAGUCGUACACUGUAUAUUUAUUUUUAUAAAAUAGGAAAAGAUUCUGACGAUCGAGGCGAUGAAAAACUACAAAUUUCACCAACUGCGAACGAUGAUGAACAUCAAAAUUUAAAAACUGAAAGACAGAAGAAGCAUUAAAAGAUUAGAAGGAAAGUUGUUGCUAAACCACGAGGAAAAGUGAGAAGAGGAGAGAAAAAAAAUUGGAAGGAGUAGAAGAAAACAUAUAUGUAUUUGUAUUAUAUUUAAAUCAAUACAAUGGAUAUUUUAUCAAAGAAUGGGAAUUUAUCAGUGUAAACAAAAAUAAUUGUAAUAGUCCAAAAAAAAAGUUGAUGAGAAAACAUGAAGAUAAAGGUUUUAAAUGAAUAACUUUGAUAUCAAAUCGCUUCAUAGAGUUUUUUUAUAUACACAUUAAUUAAUGACGAUGAAGAAGAAAAAGAAGUGGAGAGAAAGAAGAUGGAGAGUUGACGAGAGAGAGAGAGAGAGAGAAAAGUAUGUAAUAAUCAAAUUGAAAAAAAGCCGUAAAUAUAAAACAUAGAAUUAUAUUGAAUGAAAAAGAAAAACAAGUAAAA